AUGCCUGUUUUUAAACAGCUGCGAGAUACAGGAACUAAAAGUAACGAAUGUCAUUCCAAGGACAAUUGGGCCCGUACUAAAUUCACUGACGAGACAGCAUUCAUUUUCGGGAUAAAGUCAGUCGGGCAGCGGCGAAAACCGAUUCGCCGAUUACCAAAAGUAUUGGCAUGUCAACAAAUACAGGAUGUUAUAGCACGUACCUCGGAUCUGGGUGCAGAUCUCGACUUCCUAGAGUCGUUGACUAGAAAUGAGAAAAAACGCAUCACUGACAUAUUCAACCUAGGAAACCCCAAUGCUGACCCCAACAACCCAUGGACCUGUGAGGUUAAUGAUUUACAGCCAUGGCUUCAGAUUCGCUUUGAAGAGUUGGCUAAAAUUUGGAAACUGCGUGCCUACCGCAUUGGAGGCACAGCAGGUAAUACCUACCCAGAUCAUACCCUUACUUGUCCGAACUGGGGACCCGCCUGCAGCAGUGUGGCUGAUCCUAUCGACUUUGGCAAAUGUUGGGCAUUUGAAGCCAAACUUGGGUGGACAUCUGGAAAGCUCAGCAAGGCGCUUUUGCAAUGCAGUCGGUAUUCGGAGUAUUUCUUCCAAGCUGAAAGUAACCAGAAUUGUCCAUAUGUGUCGAUCAUAACCGACGGCCAGAAGUACCGACUUUUGUAUGCUCACAUGACUGCUACCAGCCGCCCAGUCCAGGGUUGGACAAACACCUAUGAAUGGAGCAGGGAGACGCUUCAUAUUGUAGGAAGAGUCUUCAAGACUUUUGCCAGAAGGGGCCCGACACCAGGAUAUCAGGCUGGUGGCUCCCAAGAUUCUGAAAAUUUUGGCCUGGACGAAGAGAAGCUGAGGGUAACUGCUUUCGAUUCAGCGUUUGGGGGUUCCAAUCUCUCAGAACAUAUAAACGUUCCUAUAUCCAGCAUUGCUAAGGAUCU